AUGGGUCGCUUCUCUUUAUUGAGGACAUUUUUUCUUGGUGUUCUUAUAGUCGCAACGUGGGUGCUCUUCGUCGCUGUUUAUCUCUUCGGCCGUCAAGGAAUCCUCUUGAAGAUAAAUUACCAAAACUCGUUGUUUAUCAUAACAGGAACGAUUGUGAAAGAAGAAGCGGCAAAGCAGCCUGAAAUCAGGCUGAAUGGAUUAAAUCAGCAUACAUGGGAAAAACCGUGCCAGAUAAACCUCGAACAACUCUGCAAUUAUCCAAUUUUUCCUAAGGCGCCGGAUAACAGAACCUUUGCGGAAAAAAUUGACUUGUUCUUCUCUAACGUUACAGUUGCUGGAAUUCGACUUAUAGGUUUCCUUCGUCCGAAUAUAUCCGGCGAAUAUUAUUUCUUGGUCGCUUCCAAUGGCGUCGCUGAAGUUUGGCUAAGUUCGGAUAAGAACUGGAGAAACGCGCAAAAAGCUGCGUACACGAACCCUCAAAAUUCAAGCUCGGCCGUGGACAGCAAGGCCUUUAAAGCAAUAAAAUCUCAGAUUUCUGAUGGCAUGUUUUUGUAUGCGAACUAUGACUACUAUUUUGAAGUGAUUUACGCUCAGGGGAUUCACGAAAGCAAAGAGCACCUAAUUCAGGUAGCUUGGAAAAGACCUGAAACGAAGAGAUUUGAAAUAAUAGUUGGAGAUUUCCUCACACCAUACAAAAAAGACAGCCAUUUGGCUCAUCUACAAGUUUACGACGAUGAUCUGCCAGAACUCCCCUCUUGCCGGGAAUUGCGGGUUAAAUACCCAGUCACGAAUAAGUAUAUGGAGCCAGAGAUGUUGCCCUAUUUGGAACACGCAGCAGUGGCACACGCGCUAGACUUCUGUGAAUAUCGACCCAGUUAUCUUCUAAAACCUGCGAAUUUGUCCAACUUCAAGAAGUAUCACGGAGUACAUCGACAUACGCACAAGACAAGCGGCUAUCCGUUUACUAACGUGAUGGGAGUGAAACGGGCUGGUAAACUCUCUGUAACGUUUAUAGGAGAAUACCCCUUAGAUGCGAAAGAGGCUAUGUCAGUUGUAAGCCAAUACUUUGAAGCUCUAAAACAGGCAUAUCCAGGGUAAGUAAACUAUGUACCUUAUUAGCUGAGUUCAGUGGAACCCCGCCUUACGGCCACCUCGGUAAUACGGUCACUUCAUUGUAACGGCCACAUUUAUUUGGCCCGGCAAAACGGCCAUACAUUUUGUUAUAAAAAGCUCUCCUUAAUACGGUCACCCGUUAAUACGGCCAACAGCCACAUUUUAAAAUCCCAAACAGUAGACUCUUUUACAAUUUCGCCCCGUCAAUACGGCCACUGGUCAGAAAUUUUGAAUUGCAUUGACCAGGAGGCUCCUGCAAUGACCUAGUAAGCUGAGCUUGUUUUUCUACUGUUUUUAGACUAUAGUCACUUACAAUGCAUUUGUGAUUUAUGUGUGUGUUUUAUGUACUGAAGGAGUUUCAAGUAGUUUCUACUAUUACGGUACGCGAUAUCUACAUUGCUGUUGUCAGUGUUGUUUAUUACAAGAAGUGUGAAUGCGAUCAUGGUGUAGAUAAUUCAUGAAAUUUGACCCUGCCCCGGCAAUACGGCCACCCCGUUAAUACGGCCAAAUUGUUUUAUGACCCUUGGUGACCGUAGUAACGGAGUUCCACUGUAAGUAAAAAGCCUCCCGCGCGCAGGAGUGGGGUCUGUCUGCUCUCGCUUUCUAGCUUUUUAGCCCUAGAGCUACAGUCAACUCUAUCUGAGAAGGCCCCCUUUGGGACCGGUCCUAAGUGUUCGUCUCAGAGAGAUGUCCGUCUUAUAGAGUGUCAAAAAAAGGAAUUAAAGAAAGGUAGGGAUCAACUCCAGGUGUCCGUUUUACAGAGGUGUCUGUCUUAUAGGUGUCCGUUAAGAAAGAGUCGAACCUAUUCACGCUGACGUUACUUAUCUAUGUUAAUGUACCAACUAGAAGCGCAUUGGUUCUUGAAACAAAAAGCUAACAAAAGUCUCAGAGGAGACAUCUCUUCAACACGAGUGGAAAAAAGAAUCUUUUGUCAGAAGAACACUUAUGCGCCAAUGCGCUUCCGGUUGGCACAUCAAUAUCAAUAACUGACGUCAGCGUAAGUUUCACUCACCAUACACUACAAAAGCAAGAGAGCCUGUUGACAGGCUACUUAGUGAGUGAUUCAUUACUAGUCACCAGUUGCUGGCUACACGGACGUAGUCCGUACCUGAGCUACCUCGUUAGGCCUUUAAAUAGUUGUAAGAAACUGUCAAUUUGCGAUGGCAUAAAUAUGGGAGUCGCAUGGAUAGGUAUUGGUGUUACAAUGAGGAAACAACUUUCUGGACAAUUUUCUGCGCGCGUGCGUUUGUUUUAAGACUGACUCUUCCCCGGUCCUCUCUUAUUGAACCUCUCCCCAGUGGCGCGCAGAGUGUAAUGGGAAGGACUGAGGAAAGCGUGUGAGAAAGUAGUCUUCUCUAUUUUCUCUUCCCAUUACCCCCUGUCUCCACCGUGCGCGUUACAAAGACGACUGAAUACAAGUCAGUUCUUGAGAUACCUAAACCAGGAAAGUUUCUCAGGCGAUACAGAUUCAGUCACAUAUUGGGUCGACGAAGGAGAACGCAUACUAAUGCAAAAUCAAUUUUAGAUAUUCGAAACAUAUGACUCUUAGACUAUCGAUCGAUACAAACCUCGACACCAAUUUAGUCCCCUCAAAAAUAUUUUCGGAGUGUAUGACGUCAUUGCCACAGUGCUCGCCUUCCGUCGUAGCGUUAUGUUCGUUCACGUCUAAUGUAAGAAGACUAAUACCAGUUACAGUAUAAAAGAAAUUUAUGUUUUUCUUUUUUAAAGGAAAUACCAACUCAUGUCUACUAGGCGCGUUGAAAAGAAAGACGACCCUCUCAAAGGAAGAAGAUAUUUCCUUGAACUUGAGGUCAAAGAUCUUAUCGAUGGUGUCAGCUAUAUCCUUGCCGAAUACGUGUUUCGUCCAAAGGAAAAAAACUACUCACUUUGUUAUCCUAAAGGCCUGCAAUGGAAUAGGACAGCGGAUGUCUAUUUGAUCCUCACUGCCAAGAAACUGGGUCGAUGGGUUCAUCAUUUUAUUAAAAAUGUUGAAAAGGUCAUACAGGAAACAAAAGAUGAGCAUAUACAUGUGGUUAUUUAUGAUUUUGAAAGCCCUGAUACUGAUUUGAAAAAGCAGGCUCUCGAAAAGAGUUCUCUAAAGAAAUAUCGUUUCAUCACGAAGGCUGGGAACUAUUCUCGUACUAUUUCGUUCAGUGACGCAAUACAAUCGAUAAAAGACCCAAACGCCAUUGUUGUCACAGUAGACCUGCACCUGGAUAUUGGAAGUCGGUUGAUUCAUGACAUACGGAAGGUAAGGUGGGGUAUGAUGGCCGGGCGUUAGCCCCUAUAGUGGCCCGGCAUUCCCUCUUGAGAAAAGAGGGGGACUGGUGCCAAAAUUUGUCCCCCAAUAGCUCACGUUCGAUAUAUUAAAAUUCUAACAUGACUCCGAGGCUUCAGGGACAAAAUUGCAAGUUUUUCAUGACUCCAUUGUCUUGCAAUUCCCAGAAGAGACUAGAUCACAAAGAAAAUAAAACCAAAUAUAGACAAAAAAUUACCAGAAAGCCUCGGAGUCAUGUUAGAAUUUCACUAUAUCGAACGUGGGCUAUUUAUUGUAUUAUCGUUGCUGGGGACGCGCAGUGGGGCGCCGGUCAUCUUUUGGCCAAUUUAUUUCCCCUGUCCCCGGUAACAGUCCCAGAAGUCUUUGCGAAUGUUUACUCGGCCCAGUUUCCUCUCAUUUCUAAAGUGGCGAAUACGGGAGACUCCACCCUGUAUAAAACUUUUUUGAGUCAUCCUCUCCCUCGCUUGGAUACGAUAUUAGGUUUGACAAUAGCAGGGGAAAUCACAGUAAUGAAAUUUUACAGCCUUAACGCUGUCUUAACUUUGUAAACUUUUGUCUGUCUAAAGACUUCAAGUCAUACGAAUAUAGAUUACUUACGUUAGCACACGAUUGUUUUUAUAACUUUUCACCCGUUCCAAUUAUGAAGCUGUUUACGAAAUAUAAGUGCAACUAUGACUUGCGAAGGAAAUUGACCUUUUUGUUACCAAAACCAAACACUGAAGCUCUUCGCAAGUCCACUUGUUUCAAAGCGGUAUGUCUAUGGAAUUCUCUUGACAAUCAUACGCGUGCAAUCUCUCAAGCAAAAGUCUAUUUCAAAACUCUCUUAAACGCAGAACUUCAUGCAAAUAGCUUAGUUUAUAGAUAUAUAUUUUUAAAUAGGUUAGAUCUUUUUCUAAAUUUUAAUCAGUUUUUAGCUUUUUCUUCAUUUGUAAACUGUGUUUAAAAUUUAAAUUACACGACCACAUCAGCUCCGCUGUAAUUUCAUCGAGUUUUAAUAGAUGUUGUUGUUGUUUCUGUUACUUGAUUGACAACUAAUAACUAGUAUUGUACUUCAAGCGACGAUGUUCUCUUGAAUUUUACAAUAGCACUCGAGCCAUUAUACUGGCUGUACUAUCCUGCUCUUUCAUAGCUUAUCUCGCUGGCUUCGUUGUAUUGACUAAACCUUCGUUUUUUCAGCACUGUAUUAAGGGAAGAAUGGUAUAUGCACCUCAGAUAGUUUUCCUGAAUUGCGAUGGAAGCAGUGCGUUGCCGAGGGGAUCUUGGUACCACUAUAGCUAUGGGACAAUAGCCACUUACAAACAGGACUGGGACAGCUUUGGGGGAUUUUCAAAGGACUUUCUCAACAAGAUAACGUGGGGCGGCGAAGACUGGGACAUAAUCGACGGAGCUGUCAAGGGUGGACUGGAAAUUGAACGAAAACGUUCUCCGUGGAUUUACCAUUACUAUCAUUCCAAAAAGGGAAUGUGGCAAAAGAAAAACGUUAGUAAAACGGGUCUUGCGGCAAAGAAGCCUCCUCCCAUGGUUAAAGCUCCGCCAAAAAAGGAAACUUCCACUAAGGCAAAAGGCGUGGCCCAAAACAAAGCAGCAAAUCUUCAUAAGGAUCGUAAUCUUCAAAACAAGGUCACCAGUCAUCAAACACAAGUCUCCUCUGGUAAACAGGCCCAUCUGCAAACAGUAGGCAAUCCCCCAAAAGAACUCUCUGCUCAAAAGGGACCUUCUGAAAAGAAGGCUCGAAUCCAGAACAAAGCCCUUAACAAAAAAGAUGCUAAUAAGCAGAAAGACAUCUCUCUUCCAAGACAAGCAAUUCUACAAAAAGAAAACCACUCCCCAAAGGAAACCUCACCGAAAAAUAAAGACCUUCCCAACAUAAAGGCCCCUCUCCACGAGAACGUCGAGUCACAAAAUAACCUACAUAAUCAAAAGCAACCACACGACUGGAAAGACGGCUCUCAUGAAAAAGAACUGCUCGCAAAUAGAAAUAUCAUUUCUCCCAAAAAAGUCCUACCACAAAAGAAACACGUUGAUCACCCAAAACAAACCUCUAAACAAACAAGCCAAAAGCAAGCCCAUCCACAACAAAAGAUUGUGUCUCAGAAAGAAGUCCAGCUUCAGCAUUAA